AUGUAUCAUACAAUUCAUUCAUUUAUUCAUUUAUUCAUUCUUUCUUUGCAAUUAUAUCUCAUUAGCUUCUUUUUAUUUGUUUUCUUUCAUAAAUUAAUUUCUUCUCGUCCAGUUCGUUGUUUCUUUAUUCCUUUCUUUUUUCUUUGUUUGUUUCUUUUUUGUUUGUUUGCUUCUUUUUUCUUUGUUUGUUUGCUUUUCUUUCUUUCUUUUUUUAAAAAAUUAAUAUUUCGUUCAAUUCUUUCAUGUUUUCCUUUCUUACCAACUAAUCUCUCAAUAUUUUUUUCUCUCUUUCUUUCUUUCUUUCUUUCUUUCUUUCUCUUUCUUUCUUUCUUUCUUUCUCACAAAAAUCCCCCCUCUUUCAGAUUUGUCUUUGUUUCUUUGUUUUUUUCUUUCUAUUCUCCCCACUUACUCUCUGAUACCAUUCAAUUUCCUCUGUCUACUCUAAUUCAUUCAAUCUCCCUCUCUCUUUCUCUUUCUCUCUCUUUCUCUCUUCGCGCUCUUUACUCACCAUAA